AUGUCCACUUUCGAGCCUGUGGUCGUCAUUGACGGCAAGGGACAUCUCCUUGGUCGCCUCGCAAGUACCGUUGCGAAGCAGCUCCUCAACGGCCAAAAAAUCGUCGUUGUGCGCUGCGAGGCUCUCAAUAUCUCUGGCGAAUUCUUCCGUGCCAAGCUAAAGUACCAUGCCUACCUCCGCAAGAUCACUCGUUUCAACCCAACCCGAGGAGGUCCUUUCCACUUCCGCGCCCCAUCCCGGAUUUUCUACAAGACCGUCCGAGGCAUGAUCCCACACAAGACUGCCCGUGGCGCUGCUGCUAUGGAAAGAUUGAAGGUGUUCGAGGGUGUUCCACCACCAUAUGACAAGAAGAAGAGAGUUGUUGUCCCUCAAGCUCUCCGAAUCCUUAGACUCAAGCCCGGCCGAAAGUACUGCACUGUUGGUCGUCUGAGCCACGAGGUUGGAUGGAAGUACCAGGAUGUUGUUGCCAGACUCGAGGACCGGAGAAAGGUCAAGAGCUCGGCAUACUACGAACGCAAGAGAGCUGUGCGCAAGCAACUCGCUCAGUCCCAGAGAUCCGCUACUGUGGAUCAAAAGACAAAGGAACAGCUGGCUUCUUAUGGUUACUAG